CCAUUGCCUUCCGCUGAAAACCAGUCUCGCCUGUCGACAAGACAACACGUGUUCGUGCAAAUCGUGAUAUUUUUGAAUUCGAAAGAUGGUUCGAAAAUUGAAACAUCACGAGAAGAAGUUGCUGAAAAAAGUAGACUUCAUUUCUUGGGAGGUAGACAAUAACUUGCAUGAGGUUAAAAUUUUGAAAAAGUACCGAAUCCAAAAAAGAGAAGAUUAUACGAAAUACAACAAAUUAUCACGACAAAUUCGAGAACUGGCUAGGAAGAUCAAGGAAGUAGAUGCUGAGCAUCCAUUCAGAAUAGAGCAAAGUGCCAUGUUGCUCGAAAAAUUGUACAUGAUGGGUCUCAUUUCCACCAAGUGGGAUUUAUCUCUGUGCGAGAAAGUUACAGCCAGUUGUUUUUGUAGAAGAAGAUUAGCUGUCGUUAUGGUUCGCAAUAAAAUGAGUGAAACCAUCAAAACGGCGACAAAACUAAUCGAGCAAGCUCAUGUACGAGUUGGACCUGAAGUCAUCAAGGACCCGGCAUUCCUUGUAACAAGAAACUUGGAAGACUUUGUGACAUGGGUUGAUACCUCGGCAAUAAGGAAACAUGUGUUGGAAUACAAUGAAAUGAAAGAUGACUUUGAGGGUAUAUGAACAUUUUAAUAAAAUGCCGCAGAACAUUCAAUGGCGAUAUGGUUCUCUGAAAUCUGUCACCUGAUCCUUAUUACCAUUGUAAAAAACUGCAGAAUUAUUCAACAGUCUUGAUGGUCUCCCUGGUCUCACGUGGACUGAAGGCAACGAAUAAUUAUAUGAAGAAAGUCUCGGAUUUGUUGUAUUGUGUAUUUCCGGGAAAUCACUUGUUGAGAAUAAAUCUUUUGAUGGUAAUGACAAUUU